UUGAAUGUAGCGCAUGCGCUUUGUUGAUGUGGAAGUGCUUUACAGUGAUAAACAAGCGAACAAAUCAGAGAAAACGCAUACUGUUAGAUUGCACUUCAUAUAAUGGCAGUGAGCGCUGUACAUUUAGAGUCAGACGCAUUUCUAGUCUGUAUGAAUCACGCUCUGAGCACGGAGAAAGAGGAAGUAAUGGGGCUCUGCAUCGGCGAGGUGGACACAAACCGCAUCGUGCACAUUCAUUCUGUCAUAAUUCUGCGUCGAUCAGACAAGAGAAAAGACAGAGUGGAGAUUUCACCAGAGCAGCUGUCAGCAGCGUCCACCGAAGCGGAGAGGUUGGCUGAGAUGACGGGACGUCCCAUGAGGGUUGUGGGCUGGUACCACUCUCAUCCACACAUCACUGUGUGGCCAUCACAUGUUGAUGUUAGGACUCAAGCAAUGUAUCAGAUGAUGGAUCAGGGUUUUGUUGGACUCAUCUUCUCAUGCUUUAUAGAAGAUAAAAACACAAAGACUGGUAGAGUCCUGUACACCUGUUUCCAGUCAGUACAAGCCCAGAAAGGCUCAGAGUAUGAGCGGAUUGAGAUCCCCAUCCAUGUAGUCCCACAUGAAGCCAUCGGGAAAGUAUGUCUGGAGUCUGCCGUGGAACUACCCAGAAUCCUCUGUCAAGAAGAACAGGAUACAUACAGAAGGAUUCACAGUUUAACUCAUCUGGAUCCAAUCACAAAGAUACAUAAUGGAUCAGUGUUCACUAAAAACCUGUGCAGUCAGAUGUCGGCCAUUAGCGGCCCGCUGCUGCAGUGGCUGGAAGAUCGACUGGAACAGAACAAACAAAGUAUCAUCAAACUCCAGAAAGAGAAAGAGCAACUGACACAAGAACUGGCUUCAUUAUAAGGAGAAUAGUUCUUCCAUUUUUUUAAAAUUUUAAUUCUUAAGUUUUUGCACUGAAAGCACUGUUUUUUCUGCCCUACUGCCACAUUUUGAUCAGGAAUUACUGGGAGGGCAAAGACAGGAUGUCUGUAAUUUAACAUUUUGUCACCUCAGCA